AUGUCCACUUCUAUCCUCUCAGCCUCAGCUAAAGGGGCCACCUUUCUCAUCCUCCUUCAAAUUGGUUCGCGACUGGUCACCUUUGCUGUCAAUCAAGUUCUGCUUCGUUUCCUUUCUCCAGAGCUCCUGGGAGUGUCUGCACAGUUCGAUCUCUUCUCUAUCUCCGUCCUCUAUUUUGCCCGAGAGAGCCUUCGAGUGGCUUUGCAGCGCCAAGCCCAUGGCACUCAGACGGUGGUCAACAUGUCCUAUAUGGCCUUGCUUAUUGGAGUACCAUUGAUAUACGCUCUCGGCAUUUCGUGGCUUAUGACAGAGACGCCCGAUGUUCCGUACUUUGUCGACGCCUUGAACAUAUACUGCUUCGCUACUUUUAUCGAGCUUCUCGCGGAACCACCUUUCGGAGCUGCGCAGCAAAAAAUGCUCUACAGAGUCAGAGCUACUUCGGAAUCUGUUGCUACGAUUCUGCGAUGCGUUGGUACCUGCGGAUCCGCCAUCUGUGCUAGCUGGGCGGGCAUUGACAUUGGGGUGUUGCCUUUUGCCAUUGGGCAGCUGGCAUAUGCUCUUGGACUGCUUGUGACAUACAUAGUCCGGUUAUGGCGAGUAUCAAAAUUUGCGAACUUCUCUCUUCUUCCUCAGCAUCUUCCCUCAACAAAAGAUACCAAGUACUACUUGUCUUACUUUUCCGCCCCCUUAACUCGUCUCACCGCUAGUCUUUUCGUGCAAUCCAGCCUCAAAUAUAUUCUCACACAAGGCGACUCAAUUCUUAUUGCAUCCCUCACUACUCUCGGAGAUCAAGGUGCCUACGCUCUCGCUGCCAACUACGGCGGCCUCAUUGCCCGCAUGCUCUUCCAACCGAUUGAAGAAAGCAGUCGGAACUUAUUUGCGAAACUGUGCGCUGAGGAUCCGACCGCUACCGCCGAGAAGUCAUCGAAGCCAUCGCCCAAAUCGACAUCAGACUCAAAGUUGAAAUCCGCACCCUCAGAAGGCAUAAUCCAAGCCCGCGCCAUCCUAACCAUUGUCAUGCGCUUUUACUGCACCAUCUCUCUUCUCGCUGUCGGCCUUGGUCCAACCCUGGCGCCUUUCCUCUUGAGUCUCGUCGCGGGGCAGAAAUGGUCCUCUACCGGCGCUGGAGAGGUUCUUUCCAACUACGCCUACUAUAUCCCAUUCCUAGCCUUGAACGGAGUAACGGAGGCAUUCGUAGCGGCUGUAGCGUCGAGUCGCGAGCUGCAUUUGCAAAGCGUCUGGAUGUUUGUAUUCUUCGGCGGCUUCGCAGGGAGCGCGUAUUGGUUCCUGGAGGUUCAAGGGCUAGGCGCGACGGGAGUGGUGUAUGCGAAUUGCGUGAACAUGGCAAUGAGGAUAUGCUGGAAUGUAUGGUUUAUUCGGAGGUGGUUUGCGGCGAGGGACGUUCCCUUCGAUUUCAAUUCUACCCGUCCUAACGCCGCAGCUAUCUGGAUGGCUGCCACUAUGCCCUGGGUUUUCUCUCGUACAGAUGGGAUGUUUUCACAACACGGCCUCGUUGGUGACCUUGUCCGCCUUGGAGGAGUUUCUGUAGGAUAUUCGGCACUUAUACUCGGCUACGAGGCCAAUUUCCUCAUGUCAUGCUACCUCCUCGCCACAGGCAAGAAGACCAUUGCCGAGAUGAAACCCUCGUACCUGGCUCCGGGGUUCAUAUUUAAGGACUUCUAACAACUCAGAAGAAGCUGUGAGGGGGCCUAUAGGUAGUCGAGGCAAUAAAAGCGCCGAUUCUGGGCUGAUGAACCGCAACAACCCAAUCUUAGACCUCGCCGCUCUCUGCAGACACGACGGUCCAUCGAAGAAGCAGAGACAUAAUACAUCAAUCUAAGAACCACAACAC